AUGUCACUCCUGAGUUUCCAAGAAUUUCUGAAUGGUCUAGACGAGACCCUCGAUCCUUCUCCUUCCCCUCCUCCCCCUCUGUUACGCCCACGCAAACCAUCACCAAAAUUUCCUGAGGAUGUACUUUCGACCAUAUUUGACGUAUUCACUUCAUUCAAUUUCCACAAUCUCAAAAUCGCCGUACAGGUCAAUACAUUCCUAUACAAUCGAUACCAACCCAAACUGUACCGAUACAUAUCGUUAAAAAGUAACAACGUGGGGGAUUUCCAAUUACAUGCAACAUUGAAUCUUGCAACUUCAGAUACGGGUUUACCGCCAAGAAGAAACCGUGAUCGAUUCCUCAACCUGUGUCAUUCGAUUACCCAUCUAGAGAUCGACGAUGAAGAAGCAAGUCAACAGAUUGUUCAGGUCUUAGUUUCUAAAGACUUAAGAAGCUCGCAAACGUUAUUCAAGAAAGUUGAAUAUCUGAUAUUGAGAAAUGGAUUCUUGGGGUUCCUCCAGAAGAUAGAUUAUCAUGCUUUUGAUGGGUCAUUACACUCAAAGAGGGUCGUACAAUUAUUGGGGAGAUAUUUGAAGCCUAGACAUCUGUGUGUAGAAAACCUCAGAGCGUACGAUAAGAAGAAUCCCAAAUCACCUGAAAUUUGGAAAUUGGAGAUAUUGAAAAGUCAUUGGAAUUUGGACUCGAUGACUUUCCACCAUGAUAUUGGAUCGACGAGAAUCAUUUUUACUGGUGUUCCACUCCAGAAAUUUUUCUUGGCGUACCUUGCCGGUGCAUCGCCUUCCGUCUUGAUGCCAAGUACGGAAGAUAAUAUCGGUAAUGACCAGACUAGGGUGCAAAUUCAUCAGGACUCCCCGGAUCAUACCGUCGGAAUCUCUGUAGAUCUGCAGAGAAGGAUCAGAGGUCAAGAUGUGAUGGUUUUUGAGGAUCGUUCAAUGGGUGAAUGCCUUUGCUGCUCUUCGAGUCGAUCGAGAUUGGAAGAUGUGAUAUCCAUACGUAGGUAA